AAGGAAGCCACAACAGCGCCGUCCUGGCCGCUAGGGAGAGGAGGUGGCUCACGCCAGUCCCACCCCGCUGCCUUUUGAUGCUCUCGGGGCGCCAAGCUCCAUCCAUCCGUAGGUCCCAGGGCCCAAGAGCGGCGGAGAGUGAGAGGGAUAAAUUGCAAGUUUGGCUGGGCUGCCUGGAUUUCCCACAUCUGGAUACUGCAGGCCCAGAGAAGAUAAUAUAUCUGGCACCACCGCAUCCCUGGGGUACCCAAGGAGACUCCCAGUUCCAGCGUCCCGGGAAGGGCCCUUUUGAAUGUCAGCAGGGAGAUGGCUUUGAGCACAGCCUGGUGCUCAGUCCUGCCCCUGUGGAUCCUCUGGGGUGCUGCCUGCUCCAGCGCCGCGUCUGGGGACUACAAUGCGUUUCCUUUUGACAUCGAAGGGAGCUCAGCUGUCGGCAGGCAGGACCCCUCCGAGACCAGCGAGCCCCGCUUGGCUCCGGGACGCCUGCCGCCAGGGGCCCAGAGAUGCAACGCUGGAUUCUUUCGCACACUGUCAGGAGAAUGCUCACCCUGUGACUGUAAUGGCAAUUCCCAGGAGUGCUUGGACGGCUCCGGCUUCUGUCUGAACUGCCAGUGGAACACCACAGGAGAGCACUGUGAAAAAUGUCUGGAUGGGUAUAUUGGAGACUCCAUCAGAGGAACACCCCGAUUCUGCCAGCCAUGCCCUUGUCCCUUGCCCCACCUGGCUAAUUUUGCAGAAUCCUGCUAUAGGAAAAACGGAGCUGUUCGCUGUAUCUGUAAAGAAAACUAUGCUGGGCCUAACUGUGAAAGAUGUGCUCCUGGUUACUAUGGAAACCCCUUACUUGUGGGAAGCACCUGUAAGAAAUGUGACUGCAGUGGAAAUUCAGAUCCCAAUCUAAUCUUUGAAGAUUGUGAUGAAAUCACUGGCCAGUGUAGGAACUGCCUGCGCAACACCACAGGAUUCAAGUGUGAACGCUGUGCUCCUGGCUAUUAUGGAGAUGCCAGGACUGCCAAGAACUGUGCAGUGUGCAACUGUGGGGGCGGCCCAUGUGACAGCAGAACUGGAGAAUGCUUGGAAGAAGGUUUUGAACUCCCUACAGGCAUGGACUGCCCAACCAUAAGAUGUGAUAAGUGCAUCUGGGACCUGACCGAUGACCUGCGGUUAGCUGCACUCUCCAUCGAAGAGAGCAAAUCUGGGCUGCUGAGCGUGUCCUCUGGUGCCGCUGCGCAUAGGCACGUGAACGAAAUGAACUCCACCAUCUACUUCCUCAAAACAAGGUUGUCAGAAAGAGAAAACCAGUAUUCUCUAAGAAAGAUUCAACUCAGCAACGCUGAGAGCACAGUGAGAAGCCUUCUGUCUGAUGUGGAGGAAUUAGCUGGAAAGGGAAGUCAAGCCUCAAGAAAGGGGCAACUGGUUCAGAAGGAAAGCAUGGAUACCAUCGAUCAUGCAACUCAGCUUGUAGAGCAAGCCCACAGCAUGAGGGAUAAAAUCCAAGAGAUCAACAGCAAAAUGCUCUAUUAUGGAGAGAAUCAGGAGCUUGAUCCCAGCGAAAUUACUGAGAAGUUGGUGUUGGCCCAGAAGAUGCUGGAGGAGAUUCGAAGCCGGCGGCCAUUCCUCACCCAACGGGAGCUUGUGGACGAAGAGGCAGACGAGGCCCAGGAAUUGCUGAGCCAGGCUGAGAACUGGCAGCGACUGCACAACGACACUCGCUCGUUGUUCCCUGUUGUCCUGGAACAGCUGGAUGACUACAAUGCCAAGUUGUCAGACCUACAGGAAUCCCUUAACCAGGCCCUUGACCAUGUCAGGGACGCAGAAGACAUGAACAGAGUCAUAUCAGCCGAGCAGCGGGACUAUGAGAAACAGCAUGAGAGAGUGAGGGAGCAAAUGGAAGUGGUGAGCGCUUCUCUGAGCGGGUCUGCAGACUCUUUGGGGACACCUCGCCUGACUCUUGAGGAGCUUGAUGAUAUAAUAAAGAAUGCAUCAGGAAUUUAUGCAGAAAUAGAUGGAGCCAAAAAUGAGCUACAAGGAAAACUAUCCAAUCUAAGUAACCUCAGUCAUGAUUUAGUCCAAGAAGCUACUGACCACGCAUACAACCUUCAACAAGAAGCUGAAGAGCUGAGCAGGAAUUUGCACAGUUCCGACAUGAACGGACUAGUACAGAAGGCUUUGGAUGCAUCAAAUGUCUAUGAAAAUAUUGCCAAUUACGUCAUCGAAGCCAAUGAAACAGCAGAAUUUGCUUUGAACAUCACUGACCGGAUUUAUGAUGCUGUGAGUGGGAUCGAUACCCAGAUCAUUUACCAUAAGGAUGAAAGUGACAACCUUCUCAAUCAAGCCAGAGAACUACAAGCAAAGGCAGAUUCCAGCAAUGAUGAAGCUGUGGCUGACACCAGCAGGCGUGUCGGAGGAGCCCUAGCAAGGAAGGGGGCCCUUAAAAACAGACUGAAUGAUGCUGUUAAGCGACUACAGACAGCAGAGAGGGGGGAUGCCCAGCACCGCCUGGACCAGUCCAAGCUGGUCAUCGAGGAGGCCAACAAGACGACAAUGGAGGUCCAACAGGUCACUGCUCCGAUGGCCAACAAUCUCAACAACUGGUCUCAAAACCUGCAAACUUUUGACUCUUCUGCGUAUAACACUGCAGUGGACUCAGCUCAAGAUGCAGUAAGAAAUCUCACAGAGGUUGUCCCCCAGCUCCUGGAUCAGCUUCGUACUGUGGAGCAGAAGCGGCCUGCAAGCAAUGUCUCUGCCAGCAUCCAGAGGAUCCGAGAGCUCAUUGCUCAGACCAGGAGUGUUGCCAGCAAGAUCCAAGUCUCCAUGAUGUUUGAUGGCCAGUCAGCUGUUGAAGUACACCCCAAAGCCAGCGUGGAUGACCUGAAGGCCUUCACGUCCAUCAGCUUGUAUAUGAAGCCACCUGUGAAGCAGCCAGAGCUGGCUGGGACUGGGACUGCAGACCAGUUUGUCCUCUACCUGGGAAGCAAAAAUGUCAAAAAAGAGUAUAUGGGUCUUGCAAUAAAAAAUGAUAACCUGGUAUACAUUUAUAAUCUGGGAACUAAGGAUGUGGAGAUUCCCCUGGACUCCAAACCCGUCAGUUCCUGGCCUGCUUACUUUAGUAUCGUCAAGAUUGAGAGGGUUGGGAAACACGGAAAGGUGUUUUUGACAGUCCCAAGUCUCAGCAGCACCGCAGAAGAAAAGUUUAUUAAGAAGGGAGAGUUUGCAGGAGAUGAUUCCUUGCUGGAUCUGGACCCCGAGGACACUGUAUUUUAUGUUGGUGGGGUGCCUUCAAACUUCAAGCUCCCUGCCAGCUUAAACCUACCAGGUUACUCAGGCUGCCUGGAGUUGGCCACUCUGAAUAAUGACGUGAUCAGCUUGUACAACUUUAAGCACAUCUAUAAUAUGGAUCCCUCCAAAUCAGUGCCCUGUGCCAGAGAUAAACUGGCUUUCACUCAGAGUCGGGCUGCAAGUUACUUCUUUGAUGGCUCCAGCUAUGCCGUGGUGAGGGACAUCACAAGGAGAGGGAAAUUCGGUCAAGUGACUCGCUUUGACAUAGAAGUUCGAACACCAGCUGACAAUGGCCUUGUGCUCCUGAUGGUCAAUGGAAGUAUGUUUUUCAGCCUAGAAAUGCGCAAUGGCUACCUUCAUGUGUUCUAUGACUUUGGAUUCAGCAAUGGCCCUGUGCAUCUUGAAGACACAUUGAAAAAAGCCCAAAUUAAUGAUGCAAAAUACCACGAGAUCUCAAUCAUUUACCACAAUGACAAGAAAAUGAUUUUGGUAGUUGACAGACGGCAUGUCAAGAGUAUGGAUAAUGAAAAGAUGAAAAUACCUUUCACAGACAUCUACGUUGGGGGUGCUCCCCCAGAAGUUUUACAGUCCAGGACUCUAAGAGCACACCUUCCUCUAGAUAUCAACUUCAGAGGAUGUAUGAAGGGGUUCCAGUUCCAAAAGAAAGAUUUCAAUUUACUGGAGCAGACAGAAACCCUAGGAGUUGGUUAUGGAUGCCCAGAAGACUCUCUGAUAUCUCGCAGAGCAUAUUUCAAUGGGCAAAGUUUCAUUGCUUCAACUCAGAAAAUAUCUUUCUUUGAUGGCUUUGAAGGAGGUUUCAAUUUCCGAACAUUACAGCCAAACGGGUUACUAUUCUACUAUGCUUCAGGGUCCGAUGUGUUUUCCAUUUCACUGGACAAUGGUACUGUCGUCAUGGAUGUAAAGGGCAUCAAGGUUAAGUCGGCAAACAAGCAGUACCAUGAUGGGCUGUCCCACUUCAUCAUUUCCUCCGUCUCACAGACAAGAUACGAGCUGGUAGUAGAUACUAGCUCACACAAGAGCAAGAACCCUACGAAAGAGAAAACAAAACAAACUGAAACAAGUGAAAAGAAGUUUUAUUUUGGUGGCUCACCCAUCAGCCCCCAGUAUGCUAACUUCACUGGAUGCAUAAGCAAUGCCUACUUUACCAGGUUGGAUAGAGAUGUGGAAGUUGAAGAUUUCCAGCGGUAUUCUGAGAAAGUCCACACUUCACUUUAUGAGUGUCCCAUUGAGUCGUCACCGUUAUUUCUCCUUUACAAGAAAGGAAAAAAUUCUUCAAAGCCUAAAACAAGUCAAAACAAACAGGGAGAGAAAAGUAAGGAUGCGCCUUCAUGGGAUCCUGUUGGCCUGAAAUUUCUAGAGCAGAAUGCUCCAAGAGACUCUCACUGUCACCUUUCCAACCGCCCCAAAGCAAUAAAGCAUGCCUAUCAAUACGGAGGGACAGCCAACAGCCGCCAAGAGUUUGAACACUUACAAGGAGACUUCGGCGAAAAAUCUCAGUUUUCCAUUCGUCUAAAAACGCGUUCCUCCCAUGGGAUGAUUUUUUACGUCUCUGAUCAAGAAGAGAAUGACUUCAUGACUCUAUUCUUGGCCCAUGGUCGCUUGGUCUUCAUGUUUAAUGUCGGCCACAAGAAACUGAAGAUUAGAAGCCAAGAGAAAUACAAUGACGGGUUGUGGCAUGAUGUGAUAUUUAUUCGGGAAAAGAGCAGUGGCCGACUGGUCAUUGAUGGUCUGCGAGUCCUAGAAGAAAGCCUUCCUUCUAGUGGAGCUGCCUGGAAAAUCAAGGGUCCUAUUUAUUUGGGAGGAGUGGCUCCUGGAAGGGCUGUGAAAAAUGUCCAGAUUAACUCAGUGUACAGUUUCAGUGGCUGUCUUGGCAAUCUCCAGCUCAAUGGUGCCUCCAUCACCUCUGCUUCUCAAACGUUCAGUGUGACCCCUUGUUUUGAAGGUCCAAUGGAAACAGGAACUUACUUUUCAACAGAAGGAGGAUACGUGGUUCUAGAUGAGUCUUUCAAUAUUGGAUUGAAGUUUGAAAUUGCAUUUGAAGUCCGUCCCAGAAGCAGUUCCGGAACCCUUGUCCAUGGUCACAGUGUCAGUGGGGAGUACCUGAAUGUCCAUAUGAAAAAUGGUCAGGUUAUAGUGAAAGUCAACAAUGGCAUCAGAGAUUUUUCUACCUCAGUAACACCCAAACAGAAUCUCUGUGAUGGCAGAUGGCACAGAAUUACAGUUAUUAGAGAUUCAAAUGUGGUUCAGUUAGAUGUGGACUCUGAAGUGAACCAUGUGGUUGGACCUCUGAAUCCAAAGCCAGUUGAUCACAGGGAGCCUGUGUUUGUUGGGGGUGUUCCAGAGUCUCUCCUGACACCACGCUUGGCUCCCAGCAAACCCUUCACAGGCUGCAUCCGCCACUUUGUGAUUGACGGGCGCCCAGUGAGCUUUAGCAAAGCAGCCCUGGUCAGUGGCGCUGUGAGCAUCAAUUCCUGUCCAACAGCCUGACACAGCCUGACACAUGGCUGCUGGGAAGAGCUCUUUCUAGCACUGAAAUAAACAGCCAGUCAGGAGGGACAGCAACACUCCCUCACAGAAGCUCUCAUCUGCUUGAAGGAGAUUUAAAUAAAUCAUCAGGGACUGGGUGCUUCUUAUUUCUCAUUUGACUUCGUACUUUGGAUCCAAACUGUCUGCAGUAGAUAACAAUCAAAGGAGUGGCAAAAGUACUCCUACUGAGAGCACACUUACUUCCUGCUGGCAAAGUGAUUGUUCUUGUCUCUAAUAAAAUAGAAGGAAUUCUAAACCUG